GCCUCGGGGAGUUGGCUGAGAUUGCCAGGCUUUGAUAAGGUCCUUGCCACUGAGAACAAGUCUCAGGCACUGAGCGCCUCUCACCUCAGCUGUGCAUGCACCAUUACCGGGAGGGGAGCACCCGUGAGUGCUGGCUGGUGUAGCUCGUGCACUGGGCGUGGGGGAGGGGGGCAGCAAUGCACAUUUGGGAUGGAUCAUACACACUGCCCUGCCAGGACAGACACCCUUUGAUGUUCAGUUUGUGUUGGAAAGAACCCACAGGAAAUUUGCUGCAAGAGCUGAUGACUGCUGGAAGCAGGAGGAGAGAGGAGGAGGUGGAGGAGGAGGAAUUCCAGUUUGUACACAGCACAAGAGGAGUCACCUCAUUCUCUAGCUGCCGCUGUUCCUGUGUGUGUGUGUGUGUGUGCCUGCCUUCUAAUGCUGGGGAGCAAGGGCACCCCAAAACCCUCCUGGAUGAGUGAGAGAAGAAGACUCGCAGGAUCCCCUGCUGACUUGAGAGGGAGAGCAGAUUACAGUGGAAUUUAAAACAUACAAUACGUAUUAAAGAGCCAUGAGCAGUGCCUUGCUGAUGACUCACCUUUCGGAUGAGAACAGUAGCUUCAGGGAAGACGCCCCACGUCCACCGGUGCCAGGAGAGGAAGGGCAGACAUCAUGCCAAUUUCCGACAAAAAGCCAAAGAUCAAAGUCUAUGUCACUUUCAGACAAUCUUAGGAGAAACGAAGAUGGUUUGGGGGAGCCGGAAGGCAGUGCCUCCCCAGAUUCACCCCUGGUCAGAUGGACUAAGUCCUUGCAUUCCUUACUGGGCGAUCAGGAUGGUGCCCAUCUUUUUAGGACCUUCUUGGAGAGGGAAAAAUGUGUGGAUACUUUAGACUUCUGGUUUGCCUGCAAUGGGUUCAGGCAGAUGGACCUCAAGGAUACCAAAACACUGAGGGUAGCCAAGGCUAUCCAUAAACGAUACAUUGAGAACUACAGCAUUGUCUCAAAACAGCUGAAACCCCCAACCAAAGUUUUUGUAAGGGAUUGCAUUAAGAAGCAGCUGAUUGACUCAACCAUGUUUGACCAAGCUCAGGCUGAGAUACAAGCAGUAAUGGAGGACAAUGCUUACCAGAUGUUUUUGACUUCAGACAUAUACCUCGAAUACGUAAGGACUGGUGGAGAGAACACCAUUUAUUUCAACAAUAUAGGACCAGGGAGCUUAAAACUGGUCAGUGGCUAUUUACCGACUUUGAAUGAGGAAGAGGAAUUGAACUGUAUGGACCUAAAACACAAAAGCUUACCCUCUGUGGUGGGUCUCUCUAGCAAAUCCCUGAGGGCUACUGCAAAUUCAAGAGCCAAGGAAACUGUGGAUAACUGCUACAGGUCGUACAAGAGGAACAAUCCCAUUAAUCCUUACCAUGUGAAUUCUGGAUAUGUGUUUGCACCAGCCACCAGCGCCAAUGAGAGCGAGAUAUCCAGCGAUGCUAUGACGGAUGACUCAAUGUCUAUGACAGAUAGCAGUGUGGAUGGCAUUCCUCCUUAUCGGACUGGCAACAAGAAACAACAGCAGAGAGAGAUGCAUCGGAGUGUUAAAGCCAAUGGGCAGGUCUCUUUACCUCAUUUUCCAAGGACGCACCGGCUGCCCAGAGAGAUGACCCCCAUAGAACCGUCAGUGUUCGCGGCUGAGCUCAUUGCCCGGCUAGAAAAGGUUAAACAGGAACAAGAGACUAUGCAUACAUUGGAAGCAAGACUGCAGCAGAUCAAAGAGGAAGAAGAGAAAGAGGCACGUGAGAUCCCAGCAUGUUAUCAGCCAACCCAUGAUCUCUCAGCCUCCCCGCAUCAACCGCCUGUUCAAGCAUCAUCAGUCUCUUGUGAAGAUGACCCUCAAGCCAUCUUAGAUGACCAUUUAUCCAGAGUUCUGAAGACGCCUGGCUGCCAGUCUCCCGGUGUAGGAAGAGCUCGUUCCCCUGACCGCUCUCGUGUUCUGAGGCCUGCAUUGCUGCCAGUGGCACCUACAGCCUGCCCUAUGUUCACCAAGAGUUUUGUCACAAAACAGACCACCAAACACGUCCACCACCAUUACAUUCAUCACCAUACUGUGCCAAAGACUAAAGAGGAGAUUGAGGCAGAGGCUGCUCGCAGGGUGCAGUGUCUAUGUACUGGUUCUGCAGACUAUUGCUGCUAUCUGAAAACCAGGACACAUUGCAAGGGCAUGGACCUGUCACUACUACAUAUGGACAAUUCAGGCAGUGGGGCAGGAACCAUUGUAUACCAGCUCCCGGCGGAAGAACACUUACAGACGACCUGGCAGAGGGUGGUAGAGAGUGAGAGUGAAAGGCAGAGCAAGCACAGAUCUCACAGUGCACAGAACACAAAGAGGACUGCGGCUUGUGAGACCACUCGAGCCUCAUCGGCAGAGCGCCCUGUUCGUCAUCAUCAAUGGAAUGUCCCCAACGGUCACCUUCGGAACCAGCAGCUCUCCCACCCACUUGCCCAGGACGCACCAGUGGCCACAAUGGCACCCCCCAACACUCUCGCACAACUAGAAGAAGCCUGCAGAAGGCUGGCAGAGGUGUCUAGACCUCCAAAGCAAAGGUGUCCAUCAUCCAGCCACCAGCGGAGUCACUCUGUGCCCUGCCAGUCUGGAUCUGCCACCCCCAUGUCUGAAGACCUUAAGGAACCAAAGAGGCUGCAAAGUGGCGACCUGACAGUCACAUACUUCUUCUGUGGUGAGGAAAUCCCGUACAGGAGAAUACUGAAAUCCCACAGCCUGACACUGGGGCACUUCAAAGAGCAGCUGAGCAAAAAAGGCAAUUAUAGAUAUUACUUCAAGAAAGCCAGCCACGAAUUUGAUUGUGGUGCAGUAUUUGAGGAGAUCUGUGAUGAUGAAACAGUUCUGCCUACGUAUGAGGGGAGAGUCCUUGGUAAAGUGGAGCGUAUUGACUGAACCAUAACCAGGGACCCAGAUACUGUUUCUUAAACUGUGUCAAUAUGCAGAAUCUGUGGCCAGUCAUAAGCUUCACCUCCCAGCCUCAUGAAGAAAACAGGCAUGGCCUGGCUAUCUGCCGUGUGAUAGGAUGAAACUAUGGCACCAUUGAUUUAAAACCUUACAAACGAUUUGCACUCUACUCGUGUCCCAGCAUGAGGAAGCCAAGCCUACUAAAUCACCAAUUCAGGCCCGUCCUAUAAGAAAAGACUUUUUGAAUAAAGGAAGUGAGUGGAGACUGUGGAGAAAAGCUAUUCCGCCAAUGUACGAGAUAAUUAUGUACUUUCGGGCUAUUUAUUGUAAAGGAAGUGAGUACCACUAUUGACUGCAGAUUGUAUCAGCCUUCAAUACAUAAUAUAUGACCUCCCGGAGAACCAACACAUCUAGACUCAGAAGACUAGCAUAAUGUACCUUUUGAUAUUUAUUGAACUGUAGGUGCUUGCUCUGGUCUGUGCUGCUUUAUUGAUUAGGGGAAGAGACUGAUGUGUUUGUAUGUUCUGAAUUAAGCUAACCAGUGUACUCUGCUACUUUAUAUUGAUCGGCAAAGUGAUUGGACUUUUGCAGGACUCAGAAGUGAAAAAUGGUCCAUCCGCACACAAGCAUACUGCGGGGAUCUCCAUGCUGCUUGUACAACUUUGGCAAAUUGUUUUCUGCACUUGCCAUGGUGUUGUGGUGCCUUUUUGUUUGUUUGUUGUACGGAUGUUUUCACUAUUUAUUUUCAUAGAGUUACUACCCCCCCCCCCCCCCCUCUUCCUGCCCUAUUAUCUUAAUUGUGUUUGAAUAUUAAAAUAUUCUAAUUUAUUCAUAUGCCAUUUCAUUAUACUAUGCGGAAAGCAUUAGGUCAUAUCACUAAUUAGAUAAAAUUCUAUUUAUUUUUAUCUAAUGGAGAGAAUUUUUUGCAGAACCAUUUGCUAACUACUGUGAUCCCGAAAAUUCUAAAUAUUGAUUUGUAAUGUGGUACUGGAUGUUGUAGUCUGUUAGCCAUGCAGUCUGGCCAUAGGCCAGUUUUCUGGAAUAAUCUGUUUAAUCACUGUAUUUGAGCUGGUGAUAAUGCUGUCAUGCUGAUAUCCAGAAACCCUGACCUGACGUGACAUGUCAUGGCUGGCUGCAGACUCCUAACAUCAGAGAACUGUGCCUAAAUGUAACAGCCUAUGAGCUGCCGGACUUUGCGUGAGUCUAACCGUAUUUUUAAGGCACCAAUGGUUUACAAGACUAAAUCAACCUGGUUUUGCCUUUGUAAGUGAUUGCUGCUUUAAAAAACACUCACACGAAGUCCCGCACCUCCGGCAGGCUAUUACAUUUCGCCCCAGGUGUUCGUUCGUCAUAACGGGCAAGCUUAUAAAACCAAGUCUAUAAAGUAAAGCACCUGCAUAUAUUUUAUUUAGAAUUAUUCCAUUUUAUAGGAUUGUAGUAUAGAAUACAAUAUCCACUGGCAAAGCUCUGUAUUCUGCUAUACUUCCAAAAUUUGAUAUGUCCGGGUACGUGUAAUUAUGACCUGAAAGUAUUUGUGGUAUUCCUAUAAAAUGGGAUGACUGCUUUUAAGAAAUGUCAAUUCAGAUAUUAUGCAUCGCUUUCUGAAGGAAUGAAAACAAAUCACGUUUUACUGCACAUACCAUAAUGAUCUGAUUGCUGUUCAAAUGUUUAAGUUUUAACCCCGGUCCCAGUGUGAUAAUGACCACAAAGUGCAUUAUUACAUAUAUGCCUCAAAUAUCCUCCUUGUAACUUCUACGGUAGUAUAGGAGCUACUGUAUGUGCAUCUUCCAGAAUAGACGUUUUAUAGCAACGUGGCGCUAACAGGCCGAUCGGUAACGCUGGCAUAUAGAACACAGCACUUCAUUGAGAAGGAAACAAUGUCUGUUUAUUGUCACAUGUCUGACCCUGUCUAAAUAUUAGCAUUUUUUGGAUUGUAUGUUAAUCCAUUGUUAGGUUAUGUCUUGUAAUUACUCUGUAAGAUAUUGAUGUAAAUAUUGUAAGUAAUGUAUGGUAAAAUUACACUAUAUAUAGUGUUAAAUUAAGUACAGUACCUGUGCCUAUAUGGUGAGAAAUCACCUAUAUCACCCUAAUAUAUAGGGUCCAAGCCUUCCCUUGUGUUUAAGGGGUCAGUGUAUAUCUUUAUGCCUUUUUAAUAUGUAAUUGUACUUAUGACCUUUUGGCAUCUUGAUCAACUUAUACUUCUGUAAAUUAUGCAUUAUAAAGAGUUUCAUUUAAAGAAAAGAUUACAUGGUACAAUAAUUAUUGUAAUUAAGAGAUGUAGCAUUUAUUAAAAUUUUUAUAUUUUUCAAAUUAA